UUAGACCUAACAAAAUAAUGGAGAUCGUCCACCACGAAUCCCAAACAAGUAGUUGUUGUCCAACCAAACCCAAUCUUCUCAUAUCCACACGAGGGGCGGCGUUAGAUCUAAGGGAUGGCUCACUGGUCCAAGCAAACAACGACCCUCAAAUCUCUACAAUCCAAACGAUGAGUGUCCCCACUCCCGUACGUUAUCAACAUCAAAAACACCAAACACCAAACAUCUAGCAUCAGUCGUCGGACACUAGCCGAUUACAAGGCUCCCAACAUUGACCCAAGUUGUCUUGGACACUUCCCUUCACAGCGGAGUAAGAUGUUAGCCGCCAGCUAUAAUCCCACCCACCAAUUCCGGCUACCUAAACCAAGCCUAGCUGAUACAACAACACCCAGAGUCCUCACCAUCAUUUCUUCAGUUUUAGAAAAGCUAGUGGCUCGGAACGACAGGCUCGUUGAGGCCCUGAGCGAGGGGUUAGAUGGCGGUGGCUCUGCUGCUUCUACCGCGCAAGGGAAAGGCCUGAAGGCUUUUCAUGGCGUCAGGGCUCCUAAUAUAAGCAUACCAAAGUACUUGGAGAGGAUAUACAAGUACACAGAUUGCAGCCCUUCAUGCUUUGUUGUUGCAUACGUCUAUAUAGACAGGCUUUUGCAUAAGCACCCUGAUUCUCUCGUCGUUUCCAUGAACGUCCAUAGAUUGCUGGUUACCAGUAUCAUGGUUGCUUCCAAGAUGAAUGAUGAUUUGCAUUAUAACAACGCCUUCUAUGCUCGGGUGGGAGGAGUGAGCAAUGCGGAGGUGAACCGGCUAGAGCUAGAGCUGCUUUUCCUUUUGGAUUUUGGGGUCACGGUUAGCUCCCCUGUUUUCAAGAGCUAUUGCUUCCAUUUGGAGAAAGAGAUGUUGACGGACGGUGGCGGUGGUGGGAACAAAAUAGAAAGGGGAAUUAUAAGCCCCGUUUCCAUUGACGAUGUGGCCGAAAUAUCGGUCGACGAAGAUAGUCGAAAUUUUUCGCCUCCUCGAGUGGCGGACUGAACUCCUUGUUUGCUUCGAUCAUGAAAUAAUAUUCUCAAGUCAAGUCUCAUCCAAUUGUACCAUAUAUACUUUAACACUAAUGAAAUCAUCAAUUAAAGAGUCUAAAUCGAAUAUUUUCGCAAUCACCUCUUCAAUGUACACUACUAAAACAUCGCUAAGAAAAUUAUCCUCCAUUCGAUUCCUAAUCGUAGUUUUGACAUGGCUCAUUGAUGAAAAUGCACGCUGGCAUGUUGAUGUUGAAACCUGGAGAGUAAG